UACACCGAGAAGGAGGAUAUCGUAUGCAGUACUGAUAACGAACACACAGUUUCAUUUCUGGUCGACAGAAGCGGAGGUCUCGUAUAGAGGAAGGAAUCAGUGUCAAUGGAAUUCAUCAAAUAUUAAUAUUCUGUGUACAUGUAUGAUUUCAUAUGUGAAUAAGGGAAUUGUCAUCUUUAUUUACGGAGAUUAUUUUUUUCGAAAUGUGAUGAUUUCAGGAAGUUCAUACUGUUUUAAUUAAUUGGAUUCAUGUUUUUUCAUAAACGAUAGAAUUUUUGAAAAUUAUCGUUGAAACUUCAAGAUAUGUGAUUAAAUAUUCUUUAUUUGUUAUCAUUAAAUUCCAAUGUUUUCAGAACUUUGCGGGAUCAAAUAUUUGAAAAAGUGCAACAGUUGUCACGCGGUGGUGAGUUGCUUCAAAGUAUUGUACAUGCCACAGUCCACGUGGUUUAGUAAGAAGACCAUUAAGAUGAUGGGAAUAAAUUCCCUAUAGAUAAUUCAUUACAGCAAACAGAAUUAACUGUGUAAUUAAUUUUUCGCAGUGUUAACCACACUCGCUUUUUCGGGUCUCCAAGACCGCAGCACGUAUCGGGAACCGAUUUCCUCCAAGAAAUGAGAAUGUUUGCAUCAAGCCGGGGGUAUAGAUUAUUAUCUACCACGGAUUAAGACAAAUUACCAAAUCUUUGAUGCUUACUUGAAUAUUCGCUAAAAAUAUGCUUCGGAGACAAAUAGAAAUAUGCUAAUACGCAAGGUACUGUAUCAAGCUCAAGUAUUUUGCCAAGAUGUGAUUGACGCCGGCAAUUAGUGAGCUGACAUUGAGCCGCAAAGAAUGCAAUCGACGUGUAGAGAGGACUCAAUGGACACAUACAGAUUUUCCCGGACUUUUUUGGAGGAGUCAAGGUGCGUUUCUGGCCCCGGAAGAUGGGUUGUACGGGCGUGGGUCUCUGUCCUUGCUAUUUCUGUGCUGUUUUGCCAAGUGUCAGGUUUCCGUCGCCGAAUAUCAGAUCGAAGUCACGUGCCGCUGACCCCUGUCAUUCUGAAUACCACAACUCCCAACUACACUUAUAUCGCUGGGGAGACGGCAAUUCUGUACUGUGCCGUGGAAAACUUAGGGACCAAAACUGUGACCUGGAGAAGAGCGAUGCCUUCAGUCAUACUUACUGUGGGGCUGUUCACUUACUUUGGAGAUUCCCGAUUCCAGACACAUAACGUCAUACACAAAGACCAGUGGAAUUUGCACAUACGGAAUGUUAGUCUGGAAGACGAAGGAAGGUAUGAAUGUCAAGUCAGCACAAAGGCUCGUGACAUUAGGAGGAGUUUUUAUCUAACGGUAAAAGAACAGACAUCUACUAUUCACAUUUCGGGUAAAACUUACGUAGAGAAAAACCAGAGACUGGUUCUUUUGUGUAACGCCUCCAGUGAUUCUUACCCCCCGGACGACCUGGACUGGUUUAUGAACGGACACAAGAUUGUGUCAAAUGAACGGGAAGGUAUAACGAUAACAAAAAGUGUCACAUACAGAAAUAAAACCAUUCGAAGUGAACUCGCAAUUGCGCACGCGCGCAUGCAUCAUGCUGGAACUUACAUAUGUCGAACAUCCGAUAAACUGGUGACAAAUAUUAAAGUGAACGUGCUUAAUGCAGGAAAAGACAAUGUAAAAAGAGGCACUAUCAUAUCUGAUAAAAGUCAAUUUGUUAAAGGCAAGAAGGGACACACAGAUGGAAAUAUUUCCAAUCGCUUACGUGGAUCUUGGACUUUGUUAUUUGGAAUUAUUCUUUGUGUUGGGUCAUGAAAUGCUCACCAAUUCAACACUUAAAUUUUGAUUUUAAGAAGACAGAGAAAACAGUACCUUUGAGGUUUGAGAAUGACAGAAGAUAAAAUGUACCUGUAGGUGACUAAAGGUGUUGACAUCAAAGUCGACUCUGCUCUCCGUCAGUGUCGGUAAUGGGCGUGAGUGAAGAGUUCCUCAAUUUAUCUUCCUGGUACAUCUUCUGUUUUAAACACACAGGACGCACUGUGCAAUAAUUUGUACCUGACUUCUGAUAAUCCAUCAGAUUCAGUUCCUGUGAGGAUUAAUAUUUGUUUUUAUAAAACGUGUUCUGUUAUAUUUUGUAACAUGGUUACUUUAUUUAGUCAUUCAUAUUCAUAUUCUUAAUCAUAUGAAUCAUUUUUUGAUUGUUGAAAAUAGAUACAAUAGAAAAAUUUCACAAUCUUUUUUCAUCCAACAUGCUUCAUUUUAUAUUUAUCAGGAGUGCAAACUGUUUUAGCUCGAUCAGUGUUAUUUGCCUUUUGUAUAGAUGAUCAGCUGACACAAUCUAUCAAUAUUCUAUACUAACCGAUACUCUACACAUACAAAGUGCAACUCAUGCCGGUGAAGCAAGUGCUGAUGGUUCACCUACUAAUAUUCAAGAUGUUGCCUGAAAUAAGAAGACAUUAGAAAACACAAGUCGACAACUUCAUAAAUAUGUUAAUCAUUAUAGAAAAAAGUGCAAUACAGCGUCAAAUUGAAGAUUUACUUGCUGUUAUGAAGUAGGUACUGAGCAUGUGAUAUUGUUUUGUACAGACUGUGAAAGAGAGACCUAUAUUAAGGUUAACUAGCUUUGCUUUGGUUUAUGGCUAUUUAGAUGUGAUUGCUUACGGUCUGUUCAGUCUGCAAUCUAAGAAGAAUUUUAUUUGAUAAACAAGACUUUGUCAUUACGGGUAUAACAUAUCCUAAUCAGAUACGGGGAUUCCGUCUUUGAUUGGCACACUUGUUCAUCCAUUAUGUCAUUUACAAAUUAUGUUGUUUAUUUUUUUGUUUUUGUAUUGUUGUUUUUUUUUCAAAUUCAAUGCUUGAUUAAAAUAAUUUUUGUA